UUUCUGUCGCUGUGUAGCCCGGGGCUCAGAGGAGCCCUGGAUCCCAGACGUGAGCCAGUGAAAACGCCCCGUGGACGAUGGGUGAGACGUUCUCCCAGCUGGACUCUCAGAAGGGUGAAAACCAGCCCAUCCUUCCCCAUGACCCAGCCGUUGGCAGCAAGGCUGCCAGAUACGCCAGCAACGGUAGCAGCACGUUUUUUUCUUCCCAUGCGCCUUGUGAAAGGGCUGCUGGUGCCAGCUUUGUAACUUGUCCCACCUGCCAGGGCAGUGGGGAGAUCCCUCGAGAGCUAGAGAAGCAGCUGGUGGCCCUCAUCCCCUAUGGGGACCAGAGGCUGAAGCCCAGGCACACGAAGCUCUCUGUGUUCCUGGCAGUGUUCAUCUGCCUGGUGACCUCCUCCCUCCUCAUGUUUUUCCUGUUUCCGAGGUCCAUCUCCGUGCAGCCUGCAGGCCUCAACUCCUCCACUGUGGCCUUCGACGAGGCUGAUAUCCACCUCAACAUAACGAACAUCUUGAACAUCUCCAAUAGCAACUACUACCCCAUCACUGUGACCCAGCUAACCAUUGAGGUUCUGCACCUGUCCCUCGUGGUGGGGCAGGUCUCCAGCAGCCUCCUCCUACACAUCGGCCCUUUGGCCAGCGAACAGAUGUUUUAUGAAGUAGCCAACAGGAUCUGGGAUGAAAACACAUACAAAAUCUGUAGCUGGCUGAAAAUCAAAGUCCACCAUGUGCUUUUACAUAUCCAGGGCACCUUGACCUGCACCUACCUAAGCCAUUCAGAGCAGCUGGUCUUCCAGAGCUAUGAAUAUGUGGACUGCCGGGGAAACAAAUCAGUGCCCCACAUGCUGGUCCCUCACCCGACGUGACCUGUCUGCUGUCCCCAAACUCCAGGCACCUGCCAGCCUGGUCUGUAUGUCUCACAACUCCGUGGUGCCCAAGGAAGGACUAUGGUGACUUUGCCAAAGGAAAAACACUGCUUUAUCAUACGUCC